AGGUUUGAUCUUUGUUGUGAAAUCGAGAGAUAAGCUUUGGUAAACCAUGGGUGGUCGUUACGAUCGGAACACAUUCGACGAACAAGACGAAGUCAAUCCUUUUGCUAAUCCUGGGAGUGUUCCUGCUGCUUCGAAUUCCAGACUAUCGCCUUUGCCUCCCGAACCUGCUGGUUUUGGUUAUGGUCGUACUGUUGACAUUCCUCUUGACAGACCAGGGUCUGGUGCACAGAAUAAUUCUUGUUUGAAUGUUACAUUGUUGGGAAUACAGGAUUUGAAAAAGAAAGAGAAGGAGCUCCAAGCCAAAGAAGCUGACCUAAGACGACGAGAGCAAGAUCUUAAACGAAAACAGGAUGCUGCUGCCCGAGCCGGAAUUGUUAUCGAGGCAAAAAACUGGCCUACCUUCUUCCCCCUUAUCCACCAUGACAUUGCAAAUGAAAUUCUGGUUCGUCUCCAAAGGCUACAGUAUAUUGCAUUUGCAACAUAUUUGGGGUUGGUUCUCGCACUUUUCUGGAAUAUCAUCGCCGUUACUACCGCUUGGAUCAAAGGAGAAGGAGUAACAAUUUGGCUUCUCGCCGUUAUUUACUUCAUAUCGGGUGUUCCAGGAGGCUAUGUGUUAUGGUAUCGGCCUCUCUACCGUGCCUUCAGAAGUGAUAGUGCAUUCAACUUUGGAUGGUUUUUCUUGUUCUACAUGCUCCACAUACUUUUCUGCCUCUUUGCUGCAGUUGCUCCUCCUAUUGUCUUCAAAGGAAAAUCACUUGCGGGCAUAUUACCUGCAAUAGAUGUGUUGAGCGCUCAGGCAUUGGUCGGGAUCUUCUACUUCAUUGGGUUUGGGUUAUUCUGUCUUGAAUCAGUGCAAGUAUACAUGUACUUCAGAGGAAGCGGAAAAGCGGAUGAUAUGAGACGGGAUGCUGCAAGAGGAGCCAUGAGAGCUGCCAUAUGAGGCAAAUGUAAAUCAAUGAGUCUAGUCAUCUCUUCUUAAGCCAUUGCUUGUGAUGUGUAAUGUUUUACACUAUUUUUCAGUUGUUAUUUAGCUUCACUGAUCGAUUUUUUUUCUUGAACUUUUAUUUUUAUUUUCGUCAGCUGUUAUUAAAAGUAGUAAAAGUAAAGCUCAUGUAUAAAAAAUUGAAUUCAAUUUAGUUAAAAACUUGCAAACUAUUUAUCGUUUGUUGUGUUACUUGUUAUAUCUCCAA